AUGGCCUCCCAAUCUCUACCAUCGACCCCCAAACCCGCUACACCUGUUGUAGCUCCUGGCUCAGCGUCGGGUACCCCAGGAAAAUGGCGCCAUCCACAGCUCAGCGAGAUCGUGAGACGGCAAGAAGCCUCAACUUUUGGGGAUAAGAACCUGAGAAGGCUCCUGUGGAAUGGAGGUGCUUUGGCCGCGACCUGGAUAUUCAAGGACUUCUCCAAGACCUACUCGCGUCUACUUGUCAGCGCCGACCCCAAGUCUGUUUACAACCACCUCCCGCUGCUUCUUCUACAAGCGCUCCUCGUUUUCAACGUCUGUGUCGCGUUAUACCCUCUCUUCCGACGCAAGGACGACUUCUCCGAUAUUCCCCUCACACCUACCCAGCGUGCACUUCUGGGUAUGGACCCUAAUGCAACACCGCCUGCGACACCUGGGACACCAUAUGCGACACCUCCGCGGUACCGGGUGUCUACCUCGCGCAAAGGCAGUCCGGCUAGCGCAUCCGGUCAUAGUCCCUCUUCUCCGCUAUCCGCAAACCCUGGAUUGUCUGGGCGCCGAGUCUCGUCAGGCACCUUCUCACCAGCAUCGAGUCCUCUUUUCCACAAGAAUGUCGUAAACGAGAGUGGAGCAGGCGGUGGUCGCAGACCGAGCUUUGGGUCGCCUUCCCCUCUUGCUCGUAGCAAUUCGUUCAACAACUCGUUUAACAACUCCCUUGGCAACUCCUUCGGCAACUCUUUCAGCACUUCCCUUGGAAACUCCCUCGGCACAUCUUUUGGAGAGUCGACGAUGGCGCCGAGCACCCCUUCUCCUCUUGCCGGCAAGCGUCAAAGCCUGGGAUUAAGCAACAAAUGGCUCUACGAGCGCAGCAGACGGUUGUCUGCUAGCAAUGGCACUCUGUGA